CCAGAUUAUUUGUUUAUUUGAUAUUUUUUCAAACAGUUAAAUCCCUGAACGAAUUAUACCUUAUAAUAUAGAUUAAACUCUUAUUUUGAAAUUCGUAACGGGCAACUUCCGGGAAGGAAGAUCGUACCGCAACUGCUUGCCGCAGAAAGGAUUAAAUGAGAAGGUUAUCGUUUUCCAUCCAUCUUAAAAUUAGCAUCUAGCUGGAAGGCGAACAGCUCUUACGAUGUGUCUAUGGCAAUUUGUGAAUAAAUGGGUUGGAAUACCCCACCAUGGUCCAUCCGUAAUGAUCAUUGAGUGCAUCGUCUGAAUAAAGUCCGGCUGGAAUGCUACAGUAAGAGCUGAUCCCCCGCAUCAUCCUGCUGCCAUCCUGCACCACGGAACCACGAGGACGAGUCACGGAGCUGUGUUGCUAUUCGUCUGGGAUUGACAAGACAUUUCACGGAGCAACUCAGUGCCAUUCUAUGGGUCUUCUAGACAGAGACUUUAUAAUCAUCAUGCAGCUGGCUUAAUGGUUUGAUGUGACGGUCAGAAAAGGUAUGGAACAUUUCAUUCUAAUCGACAAGGAAAGGACAUUCAUUCUCAUCAGUGGUGGUUAAAGGGAGAGAGAAGGUCGUCAACUACUGUGGACAUCUGCUGCAUUAAGACACAACGGACAUGAAGUAAUAACAAGUGAAGUAAUUUUGUUUAUUGGUAUUUACCACCACUACUGUAUAUUUAUCAUUCUUUCUACUGACCCAAAAGGGGGUGAAAGAGGGGCAUUUAGUUCAAUUUGUAACUGUACAAUAGUAAUGGUGUAUUGAUCUGUGUUUAGCAUAAGAGGUUUACUUUACCACAUCAGUUUGCAACAGCUAGCAGGUUGCAUUUAUUAUUUUAUACAUUUCUUCUCAAUGUUGUGUUGGUUAUCCGCUUCUAUUUCAACUUAGUUUAAAGUGCAAAGAUUCUCCUCCCUUCUGUUAAUGCAGCCUGUAAGUUAUAGUAACCACAAGCAGCUCAUUAACUAAAGCCUGCAAAUUAGAUAAGUAAAUAACAUAAACAUUAAGGAAAUGGAGACUCCCUCCUCACAAACAGAACUAGAGCAUCAGAUAGUCGACCUGCAGAAUAAAAUCAAAGGGCUUAAGGCGUCUCUUGAAGACACAUCAGAAACUACGGAAAUAGAAAUUUUGGAGAAGGAAAUUCAACGCAGAGAAGAAACGUUGAACAACUUACAAGGUGAGCUUAAGGAAGGCCUCCGACGUUCCACUCGAACAAAAAUCCCAACUCCAAAGGCGCUCGAAAUGCAACAGGAGGAAGCAAGAAAAAGGGAAAGAAAGUUCAUCUCAACGUACGAAAGAUGGAAGAUUCGAGCCCGAGAGUCAAGAGAGCAGCUCAAGUCAGACAUUAGUAAAGGCGAGCUGGCAUCUUUGAUGGAUUCUUUGGAGAAAGAGAAAGAAACUGUGUUAAACACUUACCUUGAAAUACGAAGUCACAUUACACCUUCUCCAGAAUUAAGACGUCACGUUGACAGUUGUGAGGCAGUUACAGCCGAAAUUAUGAAAGUUACCCACGAGAGAAUGUCAGAUCUCGAUGGUGAUUAUGAUGCAGAACAAGUACAUUGCCGUCUCAGGGAGCUGCUUAAGAACAUCUACGCACGCUCCAUCUAUGGAUCCACCGCAUCUAGAGUGACAAAGUCAAUCCGUAGUCACAAAAGCACUACUCUAACACUCAAACAGGCAGAUGCAGCAGCAGAGCUAGCUGCUAAGGAAGUCGAAUUUGAAGGGUUGCUGGAAGAAGAGAGACAAAUGGAGAAGAUAGAGGAACAGCAGAGAAAAAUGGAAGUAGAAAAGCGCAGACUUGAACGCCUUCAAGCAGAAAAGAAUUUGAGGGCUGCUCAGGCGAAACUGCAAGUCUACAGCCAGGUAGCCUCGCAGGAAGGCAGUCUCCAUUCCUCUAAUAGUUCAGUGGGAAAUCAUCAUGUUCCCCCUGCUAUCAACCCUCCAACUCCCACCGUCACAGCAUCGCCACCCGACCUAAACGUGUCAUCCCUUGCCCAAGCCCUACAAGACAGUAUGGCUCUAAAUAGACUUCCAGUUCCAGAGCCGUCUGUAUUUAGUGGGGAUCCCAUUCAGUUCAUUGAGUGGAAAACUUCAUUCAUGUCACUUAUUGACAAAAAGGCCAUCUCCCCAGCAGACAAACUUUAUUACUUGAGAAAGUAUGUAGGCGGCCCAGCUCGUAAAACAUUAGAAGGAACUUUCUAUAGGAAUGACAGCGACGCUUAUAAGGAUGCGUGGAACAAACUGGAUAACAGAUAUGGCCAAACCUUUAUUAUACAGAAAGCCUUCAGAGAUAAGCUCACAGAUUGGCCAAAGAUCCAACCAAGAGAUGCAGAAGGAUUAAGAGACUUCUCAGAUUUCUUAAACGCUUGCCAAGAUGCAAUGACACAUGUGAAGAGCCUCGAAAUACUGAACGACUGUGAAGAGAAUAAGAAGCUAAUCCUUAAACUACCAGAGUGGAUAGCAUCUCACUGGAACAGGAAGGUUACUGAAGCCUUAAAGGGCAAUAAGGAAUUCCCCAGUUUUAAGGACUUCGCCGCAUUUAUGGCGACAGAGGCAGAGAUUGCUUGCAAUCCAAUCACCUCAGCUUAUGCCCUCCGCAGCUCUGAGUCGAGCACUGCAAAACAAGGCAGCAGAGACCCUAAGAGGAACAAGGCAAGCGUUCUAAACACACA